AUGGAAUACUUGACAAAAAACGAAUCCAUGGUUAACCUUGCCAUGUUUGGCGCCGUGGCCGUGGGGAUGUUGUGGCAUCGCAGUUAUUCCUCAUCUGAGGACCUUGGAAAUGAAGGCUUUGACGCAGACCACCAAGAAUCUGAAGACUUUGUCCAGUCAAUUCCCAAGGUGGAACUGCAUGUACACUUGGAUGGAGCCUUUGAUCCAGAGAAGUUGUGGAAAUAUAUGCAAGAUAAUCCUGAUAUACUUGCACAAUUUCCGACUGAAAAGAAGCUACCGUGGACCGACCCGGCAGAAGCCCCACUUCCACUUCGCGAAAUGGUGGAAGCAUGUCGAACAGAGGUGGACUAUAGACACCUGUGUACUUGCAGACGAAGGUAUCAAGCAUUACGAAACAAAUCAGCAAAGAAGGGCCGACAUUCGCCACCUGGAACGUUGGAAGAUUUGUUGACAUGUUUUGAAUUCUUUUUCCCCUUGGUCUAUGACAAUUUGGCGCUUCUUGAGAGUUUGGCAUAUGAUUUUGUGGUUCGUCAAUACGAACAGAAUAUAAUCUACACAGAAAUGCGGUACUCUCCACAUCUAUUGGCCAAGGAUCCACAAGAGGCAUUCGCUGCUGUUACAAGGGGGCUAAGGAGGGGGUGUAGAGAAUAUGAUGUCACUGUCAAUCAAAUCCUUUGCGCCAUUAAUUUUGUUCCAGAUUGGUCGAAUGAAGUUGUUGACAUGGCUGCAGCCAACAAAGAGAAGGAUCCUUGCGCCGUCGUGGCAGUUGAUAUUGCAGCCGGGGAAGAUCACUUUUCUCGUGAGUCGCCGCUUUGGAAAGGACACUACGACAUGUGUCAAAAUGCGAAAAAUAUGGGGAUCAAUGUCACAAUUCACGCAGGAGAAACACCUGAUUCUCAUGAAAAUGUAAGAAAGGCAGUUGAGGAAUACGGGGCCACAAGAAUCGGCCAUGCCUACAAGAUUAUCAAUCAUCCAGAAUUGAUCAAGCUGCUCAAGGAGAAAAAUGUCCAUGUCGAAGUCUGUCCCACAAGUAGUGUAGAGACAGGAGGGUGGAAGAAGACCCAGUGGACGGAGCAUCCUGCAUGUAUCUUUCGAAAACAUGGACUUUCAGUAUCCCUAAAUUCUGAUGACCCUGCCGUAUUGAAUACCUCGCUGACUUGGCAAUUCCGAGUCGCAAUGAAAAAGAUGCAGUGGGACAAGUCAGAUGUCACAAGUGUCAUUGAAGAUUCCAUUGACGCAGCCUUUGUGUCACAAGACUACAAGAAACAGCUGCGAAAGAGACUUCAGGACUCUUCAUCAUGGAAAAAAUCUCUAGAAUUCUUCACGGAUCGCGUACAUUACGACAAGUAG